GCGCGCCCCACCUUGCUUAAGUGUUAGGCGGGUGUUCGCGGUGGAGUCGGCGUGCUGAGACGUGAACGCUCCAGACUGCCCAUCGCGUGCUGCAGGCUAUCUCGAUGGGAUAGCUCUGUGCAGCCAACGUGCCAACGUGCGUAAAAUACAGGCACUGAGAUGCGCUCUGCGCACUCAGAACCAAGGCUCCGGCAUCAUGACGUCUUCCGCCGCCUUCCUCUCGUCCCCUGCCGCCGGCACGUCGCCUCGCAAGCCCCUCAUGCUCUCGUCGUCACCAGAUCUGCCCUCGGUUGAUGAGAUUGCAUCGCAGUCAGCGGCCCGAACCUCGCUUUUUUUCAAGUCGCCUUCUCAGAAGGCUUCUAUAACAGAUCUUACAGGCCGACAACAUGGUUCCCCAUCACCACAGAGUACCAUGCGACGACGAUCGCCGCCGAAAUUCAAGAAUGCUUCCACUACACUACCACCUGUUCCAAACCCCGCCACCUCACAGAAUACCACUACUCAUCAAUCCAACAGCAUUGGGAGUGUUCCCCUUGCCGAACCAGCCUUGCCCGUAUCAGACGAAGUCGCGCCGAGCAAACCCAAACCUAUAACCAACGCCAAAAGGGCGCCAAAGGAUAAACAGAAAAGUACGGAACCGCUCAAUUUGGAAAUGGCAUCAGCACGGCGCACCGACUGGACUCCUCCUGCACAAGGGAAUCAAGUCAUCAUUGAUCUUGAACCAUCUGCAUCCCAAGAUGGACAACCUAUUCAGAACUUUGGACAGCUCCUCGAGACGUUUCGGUUAAAGGAUACGACAACAAAACAGGACGAAGAAGGCAUUCGAAAGCGCAAAUUGACUGAAUGCACCUCGCUCCCAGUUUCGGUUACCAAGAACGAUGAAAAGUCACCAGUCAAGAAAAAGGCGACAAAGCCGAAAAAGAAGCCUCUUACUAUCACGGAGCUGGCAGUUGCCGCUUAUAGAGAACCAGACCCCACCGAAGCCGUGAAUCCAGCAAUACCUGAUAUGUUACCUGGUGUAACUGUAUCAGAAGCUGAUUCAAAUCCAGCCGCUUUACCAGUCAAGCAGACAAAACCGAGGAAAAGAACAGCCAAGGCGCCAAAGAAGAAGAAGCUUGUGCCUCCCAAACAAAUCCUACUUUCCCCUGGUGCGGCGAGAGAACAAAUGUCACGCCAAGACUUGAUUUUCGGAACCUCGAGCCAGCUUGCAGGAGAGCAUUCUCCCACAUUUCUCCGUGACCUCGCUGCCGCUAUGCGCGAGUCUAAUGUGAUUGAUGUUGACGAUGUGACGCCGAUAAAUAGCGAUGCUAUCGAGCCGCCUCCAGAGCGCCGCUCCUUAUGGGAGGCGGCGGCUCGCGACGAAGAGGGUGAUCUUUUCGAUGUUGAAAUUAUUGACAUGGUAAACGCACCGUCGCUACCCCCAAGCUCAGCCAAGGCAGACGACCCAUUUGGCUACGGCGUCGCGAUCUCAAACGGAGAUGAUUCCUUUGUUAACCUGUCGGAUAUACUGGAAGCAUCAUCGCCACCACGGUCUCAAAACACGAUAAAUACAAAGACCACACCUGGAAGACAGCCUGAAAUAACGAGUGACGCUUCCAAAGCAGUAACCUCGGACGCGCCAGCAACCACCAACAUCACCAAACCUAACUACAACCUUUAUACCGAUACACAACUCGGGGUCGCCAUUGCAUCAUAUGGAUUCAAGGAAGUUAAGAAGCGAAGCGCGCAAAUUGCGUUAUUAGAGAAAUGCUGGCAGAGUAAAAACAGUUCGGUACCGAGCAGCCGUCUGUUUUCUUGUAGCUCCGGGUCUCAGCAACCGUCCACGCCGCAACGAUCAGCGCCUUUACCAGCCUCGCAGGCCAGCGAUGUUAGUCUGGAAUUUCCAGAACCACCACCGUCUGCCCAACCCGUUGAAUCACCAAAACGCGGUCGCGGUCACCUGAGGAAAACCCCUCUGGGGCUAGCGACGCCUAUGCCAACGCCAUCGACGGCUGGCUCCAAACCAAAGACACUCUCCACCCAGACGCAGAGUGCACAGGCAGUUAUUGAGAUUCCAGAUUCUGAGUCGGAAUCAGAACAGCUGGUUCAGGCUUCACGCUCCUCUUCACCAGAGGAAGCGCUUUCACCCGCUAACGGCGCUGACUUGUCCAUUGGUCCGGAUAGUGACAUACAAACACCGCUUUCCGCUUCGCAAGCGAAUCAAGAGCUCGCCGUUUUCGACUAUAUUACAAAGGCAAUACAAUCUCUUCCACGUAGCAAAGAUGAAAAUAAUCCGUCUUGGCAUGAGAAGAUUCUCAUGUACGAUCCGAUCAUUAUUGAAGAGCUGGCUGCAUGGCUCAACACUGGCACCCUGACUAAGAUGGGCUACGAUGACGAGGUUAAUGGAUCUGACGUAAAGCGCUGGUGUGAAUCAAAGAGCAUUUGCUGCGUCUGGAAGAUCAAUCUGCGUGGCAACGAAAGAAAACGGCUCUAACGAAGUCGCGAGUGGCGUACAUGAUUCUGUAUAUUCAAUAUUUUUUUGGGAAGGAGGUAGUGGUCUGGGACUGCACACAUGAACGACUACAUAACGAAAGUAACGACUAUUAUACAUGAAGCAAAUAAUAUUUUCUCUUCAUUUUU